ACACUACUUUUUCAAAGAUUCCUCUCUAUUCUCUAUCCUCGAAUAUUCAAUUUUAUUUGAAUAUUUGAAGCAGAAAAACAGGGGGACAAAUUGAACGUAUAAAAGUCUUAUUUUCUUCUUCCCGCAAAGCAAAGUUGAGCAAUAGCCGAAACUCAACAUGUCCGUCGAAGAGAGCAAACACAAACUCAGUGCGAGUGAGCUAAAACCGAAAAAGAAGGAAGAGAAGAGGCGAUUGAAAGAAUCAAAAAAAAAAUCAGUGGACGAUACGAAAUCCAAGAAGCGAUCACGCGACGAUGUCAACGAAGAGAAACAACACGAUGAAUACGACAAUGCCGAUAAGAUAGAGGAAGACGGUGAGACAGAGAAGAGAUCACGCAAGAAGAGAAAGUCGGUUUCCUUUGCAGAUAACAUAACCAUUGAGAACAAGGAUCAAACCAAUGAUACCGGCGAGGACAAGAAAAAUGAUGGCGAUGAUAAUACUUCCCCGACGGAGAAUGAAGAGCAAAGUCGCGAGAGGAGGAAAAAGGAGAAGAGAGAGAAACGUGAACAGCGACGGAAACACGACGGCCAGAAAGCUGCUACCAUUACUUCGACUAAAGGAGAUAAACAACCCACAACGGAUUCAGUGGACAACAAGUCUAUUCUCGCCUAUUUAUCGCAGUACUACAAUGACCGUGCGUCAUGGAAGUUUCAAAAGAUCCGGGAAGCCCAGCUUCUCAAACAUGUGUUUUCUCUGGACCAUGUUCCCUCUGAAUAUAAUCCAGCGCUGCUAGCGUACCUGAAAGGACUGAAGAGUGAAGGCGCAAGAACACGGCUCCGCAAAAGUGCACAGGAAGUUAUAAAACAUGACGAGAAACAUAUUACUGCUACAUCGGAAACGGCGGACGAAACUACGACAGAAGAAACAAAUGAUAUUGCCAAAUUACCUGUCUUACCGGAGUCGUUGAGAGAGGCUUAUGGGGAUGCUGUGUAUCGUUUCAAGGGAAACUUGAACGCAGGCAUCAAGAAUUUAAAUGAAGGUGUCUCCUUGACUGUGCCGAAUGGAGACAACAAUGAAAAUAGCGAAGUCGAUGCCAACGUUCUGGCUAGACUGGAACAUCGGAAACGAGCGGAAAUGGUCCAGUGGACUGUAUCGGGCAGGAUAAGCAAAUUCGCCUCUGCCAGUGAGCAACAGGACAAGCAAACAGAACCGGAAUCAGAACCCACAGGCACUACGACAGCAUCGGCUGCGAAGAAGGAAAAUAAGCAGAAAGCCCCGGCAAGGAAGAAGAGGAAGAAUCGAACUAUGAUUGUGGAGAUUUCGAGUAGUAGCGAGAGUUCUGAUUCUGAUAGCGAUUGAGCUGGGUACAAAAAUAAAG